CCCACCCUCGCUUCUUGAUCAUCACCGCCGGUGAGAAAGACAGAGAAAGAGUUAUUUUCCGACGAUGAACGGCGGCCGGAAGCCACUGGACGUACAGAUUCCGGUGGCGGAGUCGAAGGUCACGGCGGACUCUGGCACCAUGAGCGGACCGCUAGUGGCGCAAGGGGCGCGAGCGGCCGCUCUGGCGCAGCGGAGGGCCGACGUCGUACAUGCGGCUCUCCGGUUUCUUUGCCUCACGACCUCCGUCGUCUCCCUCUCGGCGAUGGCCGUGGCUGAGCAGUCCUCGUCCAUCGUCAUCUACGGCUUCAGCCUCCCUGUCUACGCCAAAUGGAGCUUCUCCGACUCCUUCGAGUACCUAGUCGGAAUGUGCGCGGCCGUCGCGGCGCACUCGCUGCUUCAGCUGCUUCUGAGCGCGUCGAGGAUGGCGAAGAGAUCGCCGGUGAUCCCCUCCCGCAGCCACGCGUGGUUGAUGUUCGCUGGUGAUCAGGCUUUUGCGUACGCUAUGAUGAGCGCGGGCUCUGCGUCGGCGGGCGUGACCAACCUGAACCGCACCGGAAUCCGGCACGCUCCGCUGCCGGAUUUCUGCAAGCCCUUGAACGUGUUCUGCAGCAGGGCGGCCGUCUCGAUAGCGUUUGCCUUCUUCACCUGCUUCCUGCUCGCGGGUUCUGCUCUCUUGGACGUCAUCUGGCUCUCCAAAUACUAAGGCUUCAUCGCAACUCCGCUUUCCCUCUUACGUUUCUGUUGUGGAAAAUGGGUGUUAUCUUGCACACUAAUGUAAUUGACCAGAAAAAUCGUUUGAUUUAAUCUGAUCAUUUCCAUUCUGAAA